AUGUCACUUUCUAAGAUCACAAAUAGUUAUUGUUUUUCUAUUUCUUCGAAGCUGAUCAGCAGCUUUAAGCAGCAUAGUUUUCUCGUUCGAAAUUCUUUCUGUAAAACUUUGAAGAAGCCAGAAGCUAAGAUACUCAGAGCAACUAAGCUUGCUGGACUGGGGUUGAGCUUAGCGGGUGUCCCUCUUCUGAGAUUUGCAGAAUGUCGUCCUAUUCCAACUUUGAGUAAAAGAGUUGAUCAUUUGAAAUGUGAAACAGUUCAAGCAGAACCUACUCUCAGCUUGUGGGAUAUAUGGAGUCUUAUUAAGCCAUAUAUUGGAUGGUUUUUCGCAGCUGUAGUAUGUGCGGUUUUAACCGCAAUUGUCAACAUACAGUUGCCUCUUUACUUGGGGGAGCUUAUCGAUGUCAUGGUGGAACUAAUCAAGGGCCAUGCCACUGGCGUUGAAAAAGAUGUUUCCUCCAUCAAACCCCAGGCGUUCAAACUGGUUACUUGUUACCUAGCUCAGGCUGUUUUGACCUUCAUGUACAUCACUUUCAUCAGUAUAUUAGGUGAGCGCAUUUGCUAUGAUGUGAAGCUGAGACUUUUCGAAAAGUUACUCAUUAUGGAUAUGUCUUUCUAUGAUACACAGAAAUCGGGUGAAUUAUCUUCUCGUUUGAAUGUGGAUAUCCAAGAGUUCAAGAGUUGUUUCAAGCUUACCGUAGCGCAAGGACUUAAAACUCUCGCACAGACAUUAGGCUGUGUUGUGACUCUGUUCUACAUUUCUCCAUCUAUGACUGUUGUUACUGUUGCUGCUUUGCCUGCGAUUAUCUUGGUAGGAACUCUUUGUGGAGCCAUACUUAGAUCAUUGAGUAGAAAAGCUCAAGCGCAAUCCGCUAUAGCUGCUUCCGUUUCCGAUGAAGCCUUAAGCAACAUCUCUACAGUUCGAUCUUUUGCAAUGGAAGUACAGGAAACAAAUUUAUAUAAAAGAGAAGUUAAUCGUGCUCGAUUUAUGAACGAACUUCUAGCAAUAGGUAUUGGAGCUUUUCAAGGAACUACCAAUUUCUUCUUAAAUGGCAUAGUUUUGACUGUUUUGUACAGCGGCUCUUCGCUCAUUAACUCCGGCCUAAUGACUCCUGGAGAUCUCAUGUCGUUCCUCGUAACAGCUCAAACGAUUCAGAAGUCUCUUAGUCAGUUAUCUGUCGUAUUUGGUCAUGCGUUGCGUGGUUGGACGGCCGGUGCUCGUGUUUUUGAGUUUAUUAAACUUCAACCAACGACAAGAAUGGAUGACGGAGUUUGCAUACCAUACCACACACUUUGGGGUGAAUUGGAGUUUGAGAAUGUUUCUUUUCAUUAUCCGACACGUCCAGGGCAUGUAGUGUUUGAUGACUUGAACUUAACCAUCCCUGCGGGUCAGAUAGUUGCCCUUUGCGGUCCUAGUGGUCAGGGGAAAAGUACUAUAACUUCCCUUUUGGAAAGAUUUUAUGACCCAACUUCUGGAAUCAUAACUCUUGAUGGUAAAGAUCUGCGUUCAUUGAAUUUGGAGUGGCUCCGCGGUCAGGUUAUCGGCCUUAUUUCUCAAGAACCAGUCCUAUUUGCUACGACUAUAGAAGAAAAUAUCAGGUAUGGACGGCCGGAUGCUGCUGAUUACGAGGUGUAUGAAGCAGCAAGAUUAGCAAAUGCUCAUAGUUUCAUCAAUGAGUUUCCCGAAGGCUAUAAAACUGUUGUAGGAGAAAGGGGUACUCAACUCUCCGGUGGGCAAAAACAACGUAUUGCGAUAGCACGAGCUCUCUUGAAGAAUCCUCCUAUUCUUAUAUUGGAUGAGGCUACUAGUGCUCUGGACACAGAUUCGGAGAGAUUGGUCCGUGAAGCUUUGGAACGUGCAAUGAAAGGAAGAACAGUGUUAAUAAUAGCUCAUCGUUUGAGCACAAUACAAAGCGCAAAUUUGAUUUGUGUAGUUAAAGAUAAGAAGAUAACUGAGAAAGGAACUCAUGAAGAGUUAAUGAAGAAGAAGGGACAAUACUAUAACCUGGUCCAGUCUCAGUAUAGUCAGUUAUAG